AUGUCCGUAAAUCCCAUGCACGCAUAUCACCAUACUGAGUAUGCCGACCCCCUCCUAAGACCGCCAUCGCCGGCGUCGUCUGUUGGCACCGCGUACGACCCAGACCAGACCUCCCACAGCGACAGCGAGCUAUCCCAACCAGCGUUUGACAAGAAGUGCGAAGAAAGGAUACAGCUUCAUAUCCCAAGACCAGAGGAGCUUAACGCGAAUAUAGAACCUUUACUCUUUGUCGCACCUCUCCAUGGUGGAAAGCCUGUCUGGUGGGGGGAGACGGAACUCGACCAGCAGACGGCUCAAACUGUGCACCAGGCUGUUAUGGCAUCUCUCCGUUCGAAGGUGGCUGCUUACAAAGAGGACGAGAUUUUUGAGGAUAUUCUGCUGCGUGGUUCAAAGAUCGCGUAUGAACCCAACCCGACGUCGAACGACAUUGAUGCUCUCCUGCGAAGUAUGAUGGGGCCGGCCAUGAACCUCGGUGGCGCAUACAUAGGACGGAAUGACGAGGGCAAGAAGACAGAAGUUGGAACAACUGGUACCGGGAUUACGAAUGGCCCUUGGAACAACUUUGGUCAACCCGCCACGACUUUUCAAAGCAGUGUAAUGCCAGGAGCAGAGACAAUGCUCAGUGGCACGACAAUCGGGGGGAAGAGGAGUAGGAAUGGAACAAGUCGCAAACCGCAAACGCUACGCGAUGAUGACUUCUAA